AUGGCUGACAAGGUAUUCAAUGUCUCUAUAAUCGGAUAUGGACUGUCCGCAAAAGUCUUCCAUAUUCCCUUCGUGGCGGCAACAAAACAGUUGAAACUGCACUCCAUCGUCCAGCGCAAGCCCUCCGAAGGCAACUCCGCGCCUGAAGAUCACCCAGAGGCCAAGCAUUAUACCUCGAUCGACUCCGUACUCCAAGAUCCCGAAAUCGACAUCGUCGUCCUAUCUACCCCGCCCAAUACCCACUUCGACCUUACAAAGAGAGUCAUCGAGAGCGGCAAGCAUGUCCUCGCCGAGAAGCCCUUCGUCCCGACCUCAGCCGAGGCAGAAGAGUUGGUGAAGCUGGCAAAAGAGAAGAACAAGUUGCUCUGCGUGUACCAAAACAGGAGAUGGGAUGCAGACUUCCUGACUGUCCAGCAUCUUUUCAAGGAGGGCAAGCUGGGCCGGAUAUACGAGUUUGACACGCACUUCGACCGUUACAGGCCGGACGCUCCUAGGUCAUGGAAGAGCACGCUGACCAUGGCCGAUGGCAACGGCGCCAUCUACGACCUGGGCACACACGUGCUCGACCAGGUCUACGUGCUCUUCGGCAAGCCGACCACAGCCUACGGCAAGUUCAUCAACCAGCGCGAGGGCAGGUUCGUGUCGGGCACCGGUGGCCUGGAGGACGAGCCGGACAGCAUCGAUGCCACGCUCAGCUACGCCGACAAAGGCCUGCUGGUGCACGUGCGCAUCGGGGUGCUGAGCGCCGAGAGCAAGCAGCCGCGCUUCUGGAUUCGUGGCUCCAAGGGCAGCUACCAUAAGACGGGGCUGGACGCCCAGGAGCCGCAGCUCAUAGGCGGCAUGAAGAUCACCGACGCGGGCUUCGGCGUCGACGGCGCCGCUUACAACGGUACCAUCGAGGUGGUCCAGGAGGACGGCUCCAUCCAGGACUUCACCUUCCCCAACAUCGAGCCUGCAACAUAUCUGAAGUUCUACGAGCUUCUUGCCAAGGCCCUGGUGUCGGGGAAGCAGGAGGAUCUGCCUGUCCCCGCGCAAGAGGCGGCAGAGGUCCUCAAGAUUGUCGAGGCCAUCAAGGAGAGCGCUCGCACUGCCAAGGAGGUCUCCGUGGCAUGA